AUGUAUUCAAUUAAAACAGAACAUUUGCCAAUUGCCAUUGUUAGUCUAUAGAUGAAUGAUCGAGAUGAAGAAAUAAGAGUGUAUGAAGGUGAGGACAUUGAACACAUCGUUAGAGUGUUCUGUUAAAAGCAUUACUUGGGACAAGAUUGCGUUGUCUAUUUGAUUAAUCAAAUAAAUGAACAAUUGAAAAGAGAAUCAUCGCCUCGAUUUGGAGACAGCUUUGGUCAGAAUGACAUUUCUCGUCAAUUACUGUACCCUAGUUCAAGUUAGCAAAGUGAGGUUGGCAUUACAACCUAGGCUAGUAGUGUUGAUGAGAAUUAAAACUCAGCCUAAAAGAGUUAUGAAAAAUGGUAAUAAAUCAUAAAUAAAAAAACCGAUCUGAAGUAAAUUAGUGCUGUUACUUAAAAUACAGUAUUGUGGAAUGUUCCUAGUUCAGCCAGAUCUUUCAACGAUAAUAAAAAAGUCUCAACUAAUGAAAGACUCUAUCGAGACGGCUUGGAUAAGCAAAAAAUCAAAUAGGAAAAGGCUCAAUAACAUAAACUCUAAAAAUCUUAAUUGGAAUAACAACAAGCUACUUUUUAACCUUUAAUUUCUCCCAGAUCCAGGUAGAUGGCUGAAUAAAAGAAAUUAAGUAGACCUGAUUGUUCUAUUAAUAAUAUUGGAAGUCAAUUGUAUUAAAAGGGGUUAGAUUUGAAUUAAAAGAAAGAAAAACAAAGAAUGUAAAUGUAAGAAUAGGAAAGAAAAUAAUCUCCUUUUUAACCUAGAAUCACGGACACAAGUAGAAAUCAUUCUCAAAAUAGAUCAAAUACUCCAAUUCAUGAUAAACUCUAUUGUUAAGCUAAGGAGGAUAAGAAAAAGAAGGAAGAAUUUUAAAAUAGAGAAUUCUCUAAAAUUCAUCCAUUCCAUCCUAAUCCUUAAAAUAAUGAAAUUAAACACACUGCAUCAUAUCAAAAGAAAUUGGUAGAUAAAUUAGUUAAAGAACAUGAAGAAAAAUAAAAAAGAAUAGAGAAGAAAAAACAAGAGUACCAAAUUUAAACUUCAAAUCAAGUGACUUUCAAACCGUGUAUCAAUAAAGAUUCUACUUAUAAGAAGGUUAGUGAAAUGAAGGAAUACGAAGAUAUCCAGAUUGCUUAGGAUUUGUAGAAAAUGCAAUCUCGAUUAUAGAGCAAGAAUUCUUUUAGUCAAUCUGAAACGAGAAUUCCAUCGUAAUCAAGCUAAUAAUCAUUAUUUGAUUUAAAUAUUUAGAGAAUUUUCAAUCUACUAGAUAGUGAUAAGAACGGAUACAUAAGCAAAGAUAAUCUUAGCUUAGAUGAGUUGGACAAAAAGACAUUUGAUGUUAUUGAGGUCGUUCUGGUAUAAAUUGACGAAGACCCAUAUAGGGAAAUUAAUUUAAAGGGAUUCAAGUAACUUUGUGAAAUGCAUCAAUUGCACUUAUAAUUAAUUGAUUUAUGA